GAAUAUUUUCUGUAGAAAAUAAUGUUAGCCUUGUUGACAUUUUUAUUUCUGCUGACGAGAUUGAAUUACUUGAACUUUGUAAACAACUUAAGAAAUAUUUACUUAAUACUGAAUCGGCGUGGAAAUUUCCAAAAGAUUUUAUUACAAUAUGUCAACAUCAUGAUUCUGAUUUAUAUCAUGUUGCAUUUGAUCUUCUUCGUUUAGUUAAUACUCAAUAUAAAAAUAUUCUGCCAGAUCUUUCUGAUGAGAUUUUGCGUAUCCUGGAUUCUGGGCGUGAUCCUAGGCACGAUCUUUUACAAAAAAGAGUAUCUGCAUAUCCUUUUGAUUCUAACAUUAUUGAUGCCAAAGGCGCUGCAUUAAUAGCAAGCUGGAUUGAUAAAAAACGAGGAUUACCUUAUCAUUUUAAAGAUAUGCCUUUCGAAUUUGAGCUUAUUUAUCGUGCAAGUCAAGAAAAUUUCAGUAUUAAAAAGUUUCAUGUCAAUUGUGAUAAUAAGGGACCAACUGUUGUUGUAAUUAAGGUUCUAAAUUCAAAGGAAAUAAUUGGUGGAUAUAACCCGUUAGAUUGGCGUAGCAAAAAUUAUCAUGAUUAUAAAUAUAAAACGUCGGAAAGUUUUAUAUUUUCAUUACUUUCAUUUUCAAAUGGAGCAAUUCCUCAAUUAAGUCGUAUCUCUACCAAAGAUGAAGCAAUCGUUUGGUGUAAUAAUAAAGGACCGUGCUUUGGUUUACAAGAUUUGUGGAUAAAUUUUUACUCAGGAUCUGUUGUUGGUACAAGCAAACAGCAUUCUUACGAAAGUAGAAUUAUUGAUAAAG